AGCAAAGAACACUCCAACCAUCUUACCAACCUCUCUGCGGAUUUACCCCCCGUCCGCAUGUCCAUCAUUUUCGGUGUCCUUUUCCAGGAAUCUGUCUCAGCUCAACCCAGUGCAGAGCCUUCAACUCAUUUCUAGACAUUACUUAUAGUUUGUUGGCGGCAAAGUUUAUGGGGAUAUUCUGAGAUGCACAAAAGGUAUUGUAUAGCACUCAAGAUGAAAAUCAAGGACAUAAAGAGAGAGAAAGGAGAUCGCAAAAUCAUCUCGCAGAGGAAGAAGAAAGUGCUGAAGAUGGGACCUUUGAAGAAGAAAGACCUGAAGAAGUUGGUUCUGUUCAUAAAAAAUGGAGCAAAUUGCCCUUGUAAUCAGCUGGAGAAUCCGAACAGCAACUUCCUAAUAAUGGGACGAAAAUGGGACAACCAAUUUCUCCUCACUGUCAUCCACAAAUGGGACAAGAAAAACAAAGAUUUGCGCUAUGCUGUAAAAAUAAUGAAAACCUAUCAAUGUCCAACAUAUCAUCAUGUCUUUCAAUGACUCUCUUCAGAAAGAAAUUUACAUGGAAAGUAAAAUGAAACAAAAAUUGCUUUUAUAGUGUCCUUUAAAAAAAUUACACUAUUCCAGUCUUAUUGAACCAAUUUGUCCUUAUAUAAUGAUUCCUUUGUAAUCUAUAUUGUCUCAAUAGCCAGAUGACAUAGAAAGUUAAAAUGUGCUUUAAAUGAUGAAGAUGAUUGAUGAUUGAAUACUUAAAUGCAAGAUCAAAAGGCGAACAAUAAGCUGAUAUCUCUCUCUCUAUCGCUCUUUUCCCUCCUCAAAAAUAAUAUUGCUUAGAUAUCUUCACAUGAGGAACAUUGAGUUUGAGGUGUGGGAACAAAAUGAAUCAUGAGAUAUGUUACUAAUGGAUAUCACUGUGCUUUGGAACACUUUCCAGUGAACAACCAACGUGGUGGAUAUUGUAUUGUUUAAAACCGAAAAGAAACUUUCUCCAGCAAGAGUUGGUCUUCUGGAUAUGACACAGAUUCCUGGGUUAGGUGAGAGUUGGAUUGAAGGACAUAAGCCUGAUUGAAAGUGAAAUCAGAAAUGACAGCAUGAUUGUCUUUAGUUCGUUAUCUAACCUAUUGGACGCCCUACCUAAUGUUAAAGGCAGAACUGCUUUACCCAGGUGUCAUACACUUUGAUGAGGAUUGUUGGCUAUCAUUAUGGCUUUAGUUAUCCUGGUGAUCUACUGUGGAUUCAAUGUUUGUAUGUCCUGAAACCAUCAAUGUGAAAAAAGUAGCUGUACUCCUAAGGCAUGGUAAUGGCAGAGAGUUAUUUUUCGAUGUAUGCCUAUAUGCAUCUUCAUGUAUGUUAAAACUACAUACCAACAGUGAUUAUUUUGUUUCUUUUUAAAAUAUUAUUUCAACUUGCAAUCUUUUUAUUUUAUUUUUUAAAUGCCUAGCAAUGCACUUCAAAUCUGAGGUGCUUUUCACAGGUUACCUUGGCCAAGAACUUACUCAUGUUUAAAUAAUAAAAAGUAAGUAACCUAAAUUGA